AUGACACAGACAGAGGCCUCGGGUAGUUCAGUCCGAAAUUUGCCAUGGCUUAUCUGGGUGGUGGUCAUUUUUGGCUCCAUAUCCUCAGCUGGCUUUGGGUUUGAUCAAGCCUGGUGGGCAAGUCUCAUGAGUUCUCCUCAUCACUGGGGACGGGGCUUGGUUACGUUGGAGUUAUCAUUGGAGUUUUCUGCGGAUCGCCUAUCAAUGAGCUGUUCGGAAGAAAAAAAGGCUCUUUGGAUUCAAACAGUCAUUGUCACAAUUGGCAUCAUUAUUGAGUCUACUUGCAAAGCAAGCUACGCGCAAUUCAUCGUCGGCAAGCUCAUCGUCUACCUCGGUGGAGGCAUCGCUACUAGCAUCAUCCCUGCUUACCAGGGCGAGUGCGCCCCGACAUCCUUGCGUGGCUUGAUGUCCGGCACAUACAAUGCUUUCCUCAUGAUCGGUGGGCUCGUCGCCGCUCUAAUUGUGUAUCUGUGUCGGCAAAUCUCGAGCGACUGGGCAUGGCGUGUGGUAGUGGUUGCUCAAAUUGCCAUCCCCGUUGCCGGGUGGGUCAGUCUACCCUUCUUACCUGAGUCACCCCACUGGCUUGUGUCUCGUGGACGACUAGAUGAGGCAGUUGUAGCCCUUCGUCGUCUAAGAGGACCAUUUUUCCCAGCAGAGGCUGAGGUAGUCGCGUUGCAGCAACAUUUCCAGAGGCAACGGGAACGACUUGCCAGUGCAACAUGGGCUGUUUGCUUCACGGAUCCGGUCAAUCGGCGUCGCACACUGAUCUGCGUGGGUGCUCAGAUAUUCCAGCAGGCACAGGGAAUCUCAUUUGUCGCAAAUUAUCAAGCUGUCUUCCUCCAGCAGAUAGGGUUCAAGGAAGUUCUCCUGAUGUCUGUGGUGGUAUAUGUCAUUGGUGUUGUCGCAAAUCUCAUCUCCAUGGUCACGACGGAUAUGCUUGGCCGACGGAAUGUGUUAAUGUGCUCUGCUCUCUUCUUGGGGGCCUGUAUGUUCAUCAUUGGAGGUCUGACUGCGGGCGGGCCCACAGAUAUGUCCUACACAAUGCAAGUUACGGCUGUGGUGAUGUUGAUGCUAUGGUUCUUUGCCUUCCAGGUUACUUGGGGGCCAUUGACUUGGGUUCUGACAGCCGAGGUGCCACCCAGCCAGGUGAGAGAGAAGACAGUUGCACUAUCUGGCAUGGGAGCCUAUGUCACCGGCUUGGUCAUUGUUUUUGUCAAUCCUUACACUCAGGCGGACAUUGGUGGACAGGUUGCGUUUGUCUACGGAGCAUUAUCAAUUGUAUCGUUUGUUUUUGCAUGGUUUUUCAUUCCGGAGAUGAGACAACGCACAUUAGAACAAAUUGAUGAGAUGUUCCAGGAUGGUCUUGCAACUCGGUCAUUCAAAUCUCAUAUUUGUCGAUCGCCUGGGGAGACUGCUGUCAAGGAAGAGUCGGAUGAGUUUGUGGAAAAUGCCUAA